UCCCACAUCCUCCUCCACACCUACCAAUCUAUUAUAGUUCAGUGUAUGACUCCAGUGGAAUUAUCACUAUUAUUACCGCUUAGUAACAUUAGUACUGGGUAAAUCUACUUCAUACUUCCGUCUACUAAGUGAGCCUCAAUGUGGCCGGUUGUUCGACAUGCUAGAAAUAGCAACCAAUUCUCCUUCAGGCAUGGUUAGAAUGUGCCUGAUCGUUUGGUGCUCAGAGACGCUAACCGUCUGCUAAAUAACGUCUAUGGCCAUCUCACACACGACUAACGUCAAAGCGGCCACUACUAUGACUGCUACUACUACUACUACUACUAUUACUACCAUCCCCACCAUCAUCAUCAUCAUCAUUAAUUUGAACCAAUGAAAUUUUGUCUGUAAUGAUUUCUGACCUUCAAGAAAUAGCAGCCAAAUCUCUUCUCGUUACGUCUUAUUGGUUUGAAAUAAGAAGGACAAGGACACAUUGAGUAGUGUAGUGCUUACAUGUACAAAAAGACGGGAUGGUCAUGAGUGGGUUGCUUGACAUCACAACUACCGGCAUCACCACCAUCAUCAUUACAACGACCAUCGAACUACCACCACCACCAACAGCUACUACUGACAAAAAAACAGCACCACUCCCUCCACCAUCGCCAAAACCACUGCCAAUAAACAACGGCAUAAGCACCACCAACCAGUAGAAUUCAAAGCAACAACUUUACCACCGCUACCACCACCACAACCAUCAUCAUCACUAGUAAAACAAUCAACAUCAUUAUUAAUCGCCACACCCACCAUCAUCAUAAUCACAAACAACAGCAGCAGCAGCAGCAGAAGUUUAAAAAAAACAAAAAUCUAGGACAAUAUUUUUUGUUUCUGUCAAAUCUCUUUGCCCGGUUUACUUCCUUCGUAGUUUGAACUUCACUCCACUACUGUAUUCACCCAAAGAACAAGGUUGUAAAGAUGCUUGGCGACCAAGAAAACUAUGAUACUUUUGAAUAUGAUAAAUCUGACGGGGAGAUGUAUGAACCACUAACCGACACUGUUAUCAUACCCAAGAAGAAUGCUCCGCCCCUGCCACCCGCACGGAACAAAUACAAAUCAGAUACACAGAAAAAGCCAUUAGGUCUACCAAAAUUUUCCAAAGACUUCAAAAGUGGAUCCCUCCCAAGAAAUAAUCCAAUCCCACAGGUUCCAGACUGUGAUGAAAAUUAUGAAGAGUUUCCUUGCCUUACACAGGAUGAUUUUAUGGAAGAGAACUAUGAAUGUUUUGAUAAUGAUCUAGUGGACAAUGAUCCACCCUUGAAAAUGAAGCCACCCUUGCCAGACCGAAAAUACGGCAAAGAAAAACCAAAAAUCGAUGUAUGUGUAAACCUAAAGCUUUCUGGAAUGCAUUAUCAAUCUAAUGUGUUUUUUACCCCACAAUCUACUUUAAUCUCUUGGCUUUUUAUUGAUUUACAGUUGUUGUUGCUGUUUUCAUUGUUGUAUAAAACUUGGUCAGCCCUACCUAGGCAGUUUUUUCAUCAGAAACAUUCCAUGUGUGUUCACUCUGUCUUUUACAGGAGUAGGGUUCUAUGCCCAGGACUUUGUUACAUAAUGUGUAAUAAUGUAAUUAUGAUGUCUUGAUAAUCUAUAUACAGA